AUGGAAACGUCCCGGUCAACACACUGCUCCCAGGGCCGCAUUUCGUUGUUCUCUGCUGAAGUACAGACGACUCAGCAUAUCCAGGCGGCGGUAAAGUUUGCCGCACAACACAAUCUCAAGCUAGCCAUCAAAAACACUGGGCACGACUUUCUCGGCCGUUCAUCCGCUCCACAUUCGCUGCAGAUUCUCACCAACCAACUGAGAAACAUCUCCGUCUAUGACAGCUUUGUUCCCUCCGUUCCUUCUCAUAUACGGGCGCCAAAAGGGGCGAAGGCCGUUACGCUUGGCGCUGGAGUCCAGCUGCGCGAGAUGUAUGAAUAUCUGGGCACGCAGGGAUUGAUGGUUGUUGGGGGCUCAUCGAAUACCGUUGGCGCAGCUGGAGGGUAUAUACAAGGCGGGGGCCAUUCUAUCAUGGGCUGGCUUCAUGGUAUGGCCAGUGAUAAUGCCCUUGAGUUUCAGGUUGUAAUUGCAGAUGGCACACUUGUUUUUGCCAAUGCGUAUCAAAACACCGAUCUAUUCUUUGCUUUGCGAGGAGGCGGCGGUGGUUCAUUCGGGGUUGUGGUCAGCGUGACCGUGAAUGCAUACCCGGAUUACCCAGUGCUCUUUACAUCGACCAAUUACACCUUGAGUAAAGCAAAUGGUCCAUUCUGGAAUGGUGUCCAAGCAUUCCAUAAUCACCUGGUAGAGCUCAACGACCACGGUGGCAGUGGAUACUAUCUAAUGGCACCGCAAAGUCCGGUUACAGAAAGCCAAACGGAGGCAUCAGCCGUACUCUUUAUGUUUUUCGUCAACCAAACCGACAUGAGCGUUGUUGAUCCGCUCUUCUCUCCGCUAAUUUCGGAUCUGACGAACGUAACCGGUAUUGAACCUUCAUACAAUACCUACGCCUUUCCGUCCAUGUCGAACAUGUACACUACUAUCCUCACGGGCAAUGACACGACAGGUACAAUGAUCCGCUUCGGCUCGCAGUUGGUGUCUCGGUCUUUAUUUGAGACUGGUUCCUCUCAAAGGCUUACCAACGCCAUGGAAAGGCUCGGAAUGGGUUCUGGUGAAUAUCUCCUCGGGGUGGCUCUUGCCGGAGGCAAAGUAGCCGAAAACAGAGUUAUGGAAACUGCACUUAACCCUGCCUGGAGAGAAACACUUGUCCAUAUGGUUUUUAUGCGGACAUUAAGCCCAAAUAUGUCUUUUGCUGAGCAAGAGGCUAUAGCGGCCAAUGUUACAGAUGGAGUAUCACACCUUAAAGCAGUUGAGUCGGGCAGAAUGGGGGCGUAUCUGAAUGAAGCAGAUGCCGAUGAGCCUAACUUCCAGCAGUCUUUUUGGGGAUCUAACUAUCCUCGUCUACGGGCAAUCAAAGCGGAGAGAGAUCCACGCGAUCUCUUUAUAGUUCGAAAGGGCGUUGGUAGUGAGAACUGGGAUGAUAGUGGAUUAUGCCGUAUCCACUAG